CUCUCCCUCUGUGAUCGAAACAGCUAGUGCAGUCUCAAGGAGCGACUGCAAAAGCACUCAACUUUCCGUCAGAUUCGAUCCUCUUCCAAGAAACCCAGAAGGGAAAAAGUCAUCUGCAAACCCCCAUUGAAGCAUUUACCGGUGGUGAAGGAGGAGCAAGGAAAAAGGCGCGAAAUUUGAGCCCCGGGGAUGGACGACGACGACUGGGAUUUGAGCGCUGAAGACUUGGAUUCCCUCGAACGGGACGCUCUCCAGCAGCUCUCCCGGUCGCGCGACGUCGCUCGGGACCGGCCGCGAUCUCCCGUUCCCGCUCCGGGCAACGCCGGCCGGAACAGCACUCGGGUCGGUUCCGAUUCUCGACCCAACGAGGGUGAAGAUUUACCGGCCACGUCUGGGGCAGGUGCUGAUGAACUUCGGAAGGAGCUGCCCAAGUCGUCUGUUAAGUUUUAUCUUCGUGCCAGUGGAAAUGUUGCUGCAAAGUUUUCAUAUGACCAGGUCAUUGUUGCUGCUUUCCGCAAGAUCCCUAAAGCCAGUUGGAAUGCUAAAGAAAGAAUAUGGAUGUUCCCACUAUCUUCUUUGCCAUCAGCCGAAAAAGUUCUCGCUGAAGAAUGUGGCUCUAGAAUUGAGAUAGUGAACUUGGAUCCCUUGGUAUGCCGAGCUAUUGCUGCUGCAUCUGCUCUCCCGGAUCUACAAGAACGAUAUGGCAGUAUGCCUAGUGAUAUUGAAUCAAAGCUUCUUCCAUUUCAGCGGGAUGGUGUUAGGUUUGUCUUGCAGCAUGGAAUUCGCGUACUAAUAGCCGAUGAAAUGGGACUGGGAAAGACUUUACAGGCUAUUGCUGUUGCUGCAUGCGUUUGUGAUUCAUGGCCUGUUCUUGUGCUCACACCAUCUUCCUUGCGUUUGCAUUGGGCUACAAUGAUUCAGCAAUGGCUAAAUAUUCCUUCGUCAGACAUACUUGUUCUUUUAUCUCAAUGUGGUGGGUCAAACAGAAGUGGAUUUAGGAUAAUGUCCUCAAACACCAAGAGCAGUGUACAUCUUGAUGGCCUUUUUAACAUAAUUUCUUAUGAUGUUGUCCAAAAGCUACAGAAUGUGCUAAUGUCAUCAGAUUUCAAGCUUGUGAUUGCAGAUGAAUCACAUUUCCUGAAAAAUGCACAAGCUAAGAGGACAGCUGCUACCCUUCCAGUCAUAAAGAAAGCUCAAUAUGCAAUCUUGCUUAGCGGAACUCCUGCCUUGUCUAGACCAAUUGAGCUUCACAAACAGCUAGAAGCGCUCUAUCCAGAUGUUUACAAAAAUGUUCACGAAUAUGGUCAAAGAUAUUGCAAGGGCGGAAUUUUUGGUGUUUAUCAAGGCUCCAGUAACCAUGAAGAAUUGCACAAUCUGAUGAAGGCAACUGUUAUGAUCCGAAGGCUUAAAAAGGAAGUCCUUUCUGAGCUCCCAGUUAAACGCAGGCAACAGUGCUUUUAUCUUUUGUCAUGGGGGAGCUUUUGCUUAAUCCUGAUGAUGUCAAUCUCCAGUUACAUCAGUUUUUGUCGGCCUCUGUUUCAGGUUUUCCUUGAUUUGGCUAAUAAGGACAUGAAAAGGAUCAAUGCUUUGUUCUGUGAGUUAAAGGUGAUAAAAGAAAGAAUCAAGGCCUGCACAUCAAAAGAAGAGGCUGAAUCGCUCAAAUUUUCUGAAAAGAACCUGAUUACCAAGAUAUACACCGAUUCUGCUGAAGCCAAAAUCCCAGCAGUUUUAGACUACUUAGAAACGGUCGUUGAGGCGGGCUGCAAGUUUCUCAUUUUUGCGCAUCAUCAGCCAAUGAUCGAGGCGAUACAUGAAUUUCUUCUUAAGAAGAAGAAGGUUGGUUGCAUACGAAUUGAUGGCAGUACACCUGCAGUGGCAAGGCAAGCUUUGGUUACUGAUUUUCAAGAGAAAGAUGCAAUAAAGGCAGCAGUACUAUCAAUCAGAGCUGGAGGUGUUGGUCUGACCUUAACAGCUGCAAGCACUGUUAUAUUUGCAGAGCUAUCAUGGACACCAGGUGAUCUGAUCCAAGCUGAAGAUCGUGCUCACAGGAUUGGUCAGGUGUCUUCAGUCAAUAUAUAUUACCUGCUGGCAAAUGACACUGUUGAUGACAUAAUUUGGGAUGUUGUCCAGAGCAAGUUGGAAAAUUUGGGUCAGGUGCUUGAUGGCCAUGAAAAUACGUUGGAAGUCUCAGCCAGCCACCCAACUAGCAACAGCCCUGCAAAGCAGAAAACAUCUAAUAGCCCUCUCAAGCAGAAAACAUCUAAUAGCCCUCUCAAGCAGAAAACACUCGACUCGUUCGUGAAGCGUUGCAAUGGUGGUGACCCCUCUGAACAUCAGCCCAACCUGAAAUUUCCCAGGCAUUGAAAGCUAAUGCCUCCUUAAAGCUAUAACCAUGCUUGGCCUCGACAACCUGUUCAUUGGAAGGCGAAAAUAGUGGACGUACUAGCAUAUGUAGGGUUUAGAUGCAUGAGAGAGAAUUAUAGAAUGAACUGUACUAUGCUUGCACGGCAGAGGUACCAUAGCUGCUUCAAGAGGAUGAAUGAAUGCUAAACAAAGGUUCAUAGAGAGGUGUCCUUGGAGGAAACAAGGCAUCAUGCCUUUGCUUUGUGAUGUGAGAAGAAUGCUCGACAUGUUCAGUCACAAACGGUGGGGGAAUCACGGAAGAUAGAGCUGAAGCCUCAGGCUCGGUACCAUACAAUCUUCUAUCCCUCUCAUAGAUGGCUGCUCGUUAAAACGAAGUUCUAUGGCAGGAGUUAAAGAACAUUUGAGGAACAUAAGAGACAGCGGCUCGAACUUUCAGUUGUUCCAAACAGAGACGCGAAAUAGCAAAUAAGAUCGGGCUAGCACAUCAGAACAUGAGCAACCUGUCGCUGAGUCAUAUGGUGGAGCAUAAUACAGGAAAAGUUUGUGGAUGUUUCAGGCGGAGCUGCUGGCGUCAAAAGAGUCUUCCAAGCUGUCUUCAAUCUCAGCAUUUCUGUGAGGGAGGCGAGUCAUUAAGAGGUAGAUUGGAUACAAAUCCUACUGGGUAUUUGCUGCCGGAAGUGGCAGCUAUCCUCACUAAUGUCAAGUUCUAGAGAGUACGAGGCGUUCGAGAAAUCAGCUGGCCAAAAUCUUUUUGUAUUGGCCUUCUUUAGCAAAUUGAUGUUCUGAUUUACCUGUACUUCUGCAUGUUGGGCAGCUAAUACAUUGAGAUUGUUGUUGGGCGACAAGAAUUGGUAGUAAGGUUUUCUACAGAUUUUGUAAGUACCGAAUCUCACACAUGCCGUAUUAUCGUACUGUAAAGGCUCAAUUAACAUACUGUAUUCAAGUCAGACUUUGUUGAGAAUCCUGGAAAGAUUGAAUAGCUGAAGCUUUCAUCACUGCAUCAGUUAUUACUGUUUUCUCAUAGCAA